UCUGUCUAUUGUCUGUGGCGGAGCAGGGUGUGUACCGACAGAGACGGAGAUGGGCGAUGUUCGCUAUCUGUGGAUGUCAACGCAUGGAGCGGAAUGUUACGAUGGAGCAUCACAUUGGGCGUUGGACCAAGAUGUACAGCGCUAGGACAAUAUUAAUAUGAUGGAUAUGCAUUCGCCUGUUCUAAUAGUUUCAUAGCAACGUGCGUCUUUUAUGACUGAUCGUUGCGCUUCUUAAUUUCCCUUACGUUUAUUUCAAACACAGCAGAAGAUUUAAGGCGCAAAAGCUUUGAAAAAUAUCAUCAGAAGGAUGAUGAGGAGAAACAGCCCGUUACGACCACGGCCACGGUCCAUGUCGAUGGGGAAAAAAACAGAGGCAGUGAGGGUGGUGGUGCGGUGCCGCCCAUUAAACAAGAAAGAAGAAGCGAUGAAUCACGAAAGAAUUGUUGAAGUAGACGUCAGAAGGGGACAGGUGAGCGUCCGCAAUCCCAAAACAUCUGCAACCCUCAUGAAAACAUUCACGUUUGAUGCUGUGUAUGAAACCAGCUCCAAACAAAACGAGCUGUUUAAUUAUGCGUGUAAACCACUUAUCGACUCUGUUUUGCUUGGGUUCAACGGAACUAUAUUUGCUUACGGUCAAACUGGCACGGGCAAAACAUAUACAAUGGAAGGUGUGCCCACAGACCCUGAGAAACGGGGAGUCAUCCCAAAUUCGUUCCAACAGAUUUUCACUCAUAUAUCCAGAUCUCAGAAUCAACAGUACCUUGUGAGAGUCUCUUAUAUUGAGAUAUACCAAGAAGAGAUACGAGAUCUCCUGUGCAAGGAUAACAAUAAAAAACUGGAGCUAAAGGAGAAUCCAGAGUUGGGUGUGUAUGUCAAAGAUCUAUCAUCCGUGGUGACCAAAAACAUAAAGGAAAUUGAACAUGUCAUGAACUUGGGAAACCAGUCAAGGUCUGUUGGAUACACCAAAAUGAACGAUCGUAGUUCAAGAUCACAUGCGAUUUUCAUCAUCACUAUCGAAUGCAGUGAGAUGGGCAUCGAUGGUGAGGAUCACAUCCGUGUUGGAAAGCUAAACAUGGUGGAUCUGGCAGGCAGCGAGCGCCAACGCAAGACAGGAGUGGAGGGACAGAGGUUUAAAGAAGCUACAAAAAUAAACUUGUCUCUUUCGGCCCUCGGAAACGUUAUCUCGGCCUUGGUGGAUGGGAAGAGUACUCACGUUCCUUACAGGGACUCGAAACUCACUCGCCUGUUGCAGGACUCCCUUGGAGGCAACUCCAAAACGGUCAUGGUUGCCACAAUCGGACCAUCUUCAUGCCACUAUGAUGAAACUCUUACCACACUGAGGUACGCCAACAGAGCGAAGAACAUUAAGAACAAGCCAAAGAUCAACGAGGACCCCAAAGAAGCGCUGCUGCGCGAGUUCCAGGAUGAAAUAGCUCGCCUGAAGGUGCAGCUUGAGGAACGAGGGAUGCUGGCCAAAGAAAGGAGAAGACGGAGGAGAAAUAGUAUCAGGAUGAAGAGAAGUUUGAGCACUGGGGAAGUGGAAACUCAGAUGGAUGGAGAUGUGGGGAUUGUGGAGAAAGUACGAGAAGAAAGUGUGGAGGAAUACUGGUGGAAGCAGCAGAUGUGCUCGGCUAAUUACACGCCAGAUUUCAGCAGGAAACUCGGCACAUUAGAUGAGAAAACAAAAACUGUUGAAGAGCUGAUGAAAGAGCAACAAGCUAUGGAAACCAUGAUUGAAAAGUACAAGGCUAUGGAAAGUAAGCUUCUGGUUGGAGGGAAAACCAUCAUUGAUCACACCAACGAACAGCAGAGAAAGCUGGAAUUGAAGAGGCAGGAGAUUGCUGAGCAGGAGAGAAUGGAACGAGAUAUGCAGCAGCUGAUGUUUGAACAAGAUGAAGAGACAAUCGAACUGAAAGAGACGUUCUCCACUCUACAGCAAGAGGUUGAAUUAAAGACCAAGAAACUAAGAAAGCUUUACAGUAAGCUACAGUUGGUGAGGUCUGAGAUUGGGGAUAUCAUCAAUGAACAUGUAACAAUGAGGCAAGAACUAGAGCAAACCGUGAAUGAGUUGACAAGAGAGAUGAAAUUCAAAAAUAUGAUAAUUGAGAACUUCAUUCCUCCUGAGGAAAAGAAUAAGAUCAUGAAUCGUCUCCACUUUGACAGUGAGGAAGACCAGUGGAAAAUCUUACCGCUUCUCCCCUCUGAAAAUAACUCGCCUCUUAUCAGACGAAGACCAACUUCAGUUGUAGGAUACAAGAGACCAAUUAGUCAGUAUGCACAAGUUGCUGUGGCAACCGGGUCUCCUGCUAGAUACAGGGCUGAGAACGUUAUGCUUCUGGAACUGGACAUUUCACCACCCACCAUGGUUCCGUUGGACCUUCAGAGGUCAGAGAUAAGGACACAAGAUUUGAUACGUGACUUUGGCCAUUAUAGAAAGAGGACUACUGCCUCACGUGUCAUGAAAGCUAGGUCAUGGUACCAAGGGCCAAGUCAAUCUGCUUCAUCAUCCAGCUCUUUGAGCACUGGUACUCAAUGCUCAGCAUCUGCAAUGGGAGCUUGCGCGGCAACCCACGACCACAACAUAAACAGUUUCUACAGCGCCCUUUCAAAACUGGUCGAUUUUUCGCAAGCGACCGCAGGCAUGAGGGAAAGACAGAAGAAGAAAAAGGGCAGGACGUGGGCAGAGGCCGCCAAAACGGUUCUUGAGAAGUACCCCAACACCCCGAUGAGUCAUAAAGAGAUCCUUCAAGUGAUUCAAAGAGAAAGGCUUAAGGAGAUAAGUGGGACUUCCCCUCUUGCCUGUCUCAAUGCCAUGCUUCAUACAAACUCACGUGGAGAGGAAGGAAUCUUCUACAAAGUUCCAGGUCGAAUGGGAGUCUAUACACUGAAGAAGGACACUGCAGACGUGAUGCAGGAACUGUCAGAAGAGACCUCGGAGGACAGCAGCGAUAACAUGUCUGAUACCAGAUGCACAGAAAACACCACCAGCAACAGCAAAGAUGGACGCAGAGGAAGGUGGAAGAGGAGAGUGCCAACGAAACUGCAGUCUCAGCCGUCAUCUCCCCAGUCGCGCUGUGCGUCUCCAUCAGUCUCCAACAGCAAACUCAUGUCCCCAUCACAGAAACACAGCAAGAAGGCCCUUAAACAGGCACUCAAACAGCAGCAACAGAGGAAUCAACGGAGGCAGUCUGGAAUUCCCACCACCUCAAGUUCACGGCUGCUCCUCAAGACGGUCAAAGACAUGAGUCACGACACAUCUACAUCCAAAACACCCUGGGAGCUCAAACAGGCUGAGCGCUGCCCUGCCAGUCCACAGAAUUCUACCUCCAGCUCAUCGUCCUCUGUCAAAGCAGACGUUUGCCAUACAACCGGUGCCCGGAAGGUGUCUCAGCGUUCCAGUCGGCUUAGCGCCAGACAACUGAGGCGUACAAAAUGUGAGAUAGAUGUUGAAACACCAGACUCCAUUCUCGUCAACACCAACCUGCGAGCACUAAUCAAUAAGCACACAUUCUCACUGUUGCCUACAGAGUGUCAACAGAAGCUUCUUAAGAUGCUCCCAGAGGUCGACCAGCAGGCUAUUAUGGAUGGAGUAUUGAAGGUGACCAGUUCUACUUUGAACAAUGAGUUCUUUACAUCUGCAGCACAAUCUUGGAAAGAAAGGCUGGCAGAGGGUGAGUUCACCCCUGAGUUGAGACUGAGAAUGCGACAGGAAAUUGAGAAAGAAAAGAAGGUGGAGGCUUGGAAGGAGCAUUUCUUUGAGAGCUACUAUGGUGAACAUUCUGGACUAACUGUAGAAGAAUCCACACAGCUGAUAGAGGCUGAUGAUGUUCCUGAACCAGCUAAAAGCACAGUCCCAUCAGAAAAGCCACAGAUUGUCAAAGAAUCACAAAAGAAAAGCGCAGUGGUGGAGGUCAGCCACAUGGAGUUAAGGUCCAGAGAUGUGAAACCAGCAGUAACACAUUCCUCCCAUGAAGAGCAAGUGAAACAUUCAGCUCCAGAGCAAGUACAAUCGACCCCAGGCGAGAAAGAAACAACGGGAGAAUUGACUGCAAAGUCUCCCGUUCAGAAAGCAGAGGAGACCACAGCACCCAGUGAAACAACACAGGAGAAAGAGAUCAGAUGUGAGACCCUAGCAUCUCCUUUAGAAGCAGCAGUCAUCUGUUUGAAAGAAAUGGACACACCGACCACUAAAGAAGAAAUCACUGUGGCUGAGGUUGGACAAACCGUAAUGGAGAGGAAUAAGCCUGUAUCUCCGAUACCUGCUGUCACAUCAGAACAUCUGAAGAGGAAACUCUCCACUGAACAAGAAACAGAACUAGGAAUAGAGAAAAAACCUCGGGUCACUCCAAUAGAAACUUCACCUCCAGCGAUAGCUAAGGAAGUAGUAGAACAGAGAGUACCUCCCCUCAAAAUACCAGUGUCAAGAAUUCUCUCUGCUCCUGCAUCUAUUGAGCAGACACCCCCAAGGACUCCCAUCCCCUUGACACCACCUAGCGUUCGGCCUGGUCGCACUGGAGCACGCACUCUAGCUGACAUCAAGGCAAAAGCCCAGUUAGCGCGGGCACAGCGCGCUGCUGCAGCAGCUGCCGGCUCUUCUUCCUCAAGAGGAACUGGGUCAAGUGGAGGUACUUCCACACCCUCCCCAGCUCGAUCCCUGUCUGAAGAAUUUUCACCAGCAAGCAGCAGAAGUCAAUCUGUGUCACCAACAAAACAGAGCUAUGGGUCUCCCAUCCCCGAAGCUCUUUCACAAACUCCUCCCUCCUCAGGUUCUUCCGGACACACUAAUCUUGGUUUUACUCAAGGCCUCUGUGCAAACCAGACUCGCUCUUUGAUGGGGUCUCAAACCACUCCGGGUACACUAAACCCAAUGCUGAAAGAACAACAUAACAUUCAUAGUGGUGGAGGAAUGAUAGCACAUCAUUCAAAUCAGCCAGAAAACCUGACUGUGUCAAAUGCAAUUGCACAUAACCAGAGAGCACAGCAGACGCCAUUGUCGGGGUUGUCAAAGACCAAGUCUAGUUUUACAAUCCCAGCAAAUAAUCCACUCGUCACCCAGCUCCUUCAAGGUAAAGAUGUUCCUAUAGAGAAGAUUCUCCCAAAGCCACUAUCCAAGAAUGAGGUUCAGUCUGUGGCCAUUUCUGACAGAGAAAAAGGAAACAUUAGUACCACAGCUGGGUUAAAAAAAGAGAAGCAAGAAGAUAUCAGCAGAUUUGGGCACCAAGUUUUGUCUGGUUCAUCUACGAUGCAAGGCAGAUCUGCAGUUAACUCUCAGCUUUCCCAAUUUCAGUCAUUUCAGUUAAGACACCCUGAGAGCAACCAAGAGCAGGUGUGUACACAUCCAGGCAUCUUUGGACGGAAGAGUAAGUCCAAGCCAGCAAUGACAGGACACUACCUCCUAAACGUCUCCACUUACGGUAGAGGAUCCGAAAGCAGCAAAAGGCCACAUCCAGCUAAUAACACAACCCUUGCCAACUUGAAGAAAGAGAAAAAAGAAGAAGAGGAGAGCGUGAAAGAAAAAAACGAAACAAUAGGAAGCUUCUCUGGAGAACAACGGAAUUCCCCAAGAGUCAAAUUGGAACCGCAGGUAUAUUUUAGCACUGAUCAGGGUGUUGCACCACCACCCAGUUCCAACGUGAAAUCUGAAUCUUCAUCUAGCUGUUUAUCCAACAAAGAUGACUGCGCUUCUACUAGAACCAAAGAAACUUGCUCAAGAAAGCAGUUUGAAAUCUGCAGCGGUAUACAGGGUAACACAGAGCCAUAUCAGUUAGCGGGCAGUCACCAAACACACAACGGACAAGAACUUGCCAUUGGCCCGCAGUACGGCGGAACCAUUAGCAUGACUGUUCCACACACACUCAACAUAAUCGACACUCCAACCUCUUCAACUGUGUCCUGCAGCAGCGGUGUCGAUCCGGCAGGUGGAAGUAUGAUGUCUUUUUCCGUUACUGUCACUGCCAUACCUGCUGGUCACCUCUUAGAUCAGAGCACCCAGGGGGAGACAUCACCUCAACAAGCCUUUAUCGAAACCUCUGGGAUGGAGGACGUCAAAUCAAAGUGCUACUGUCGGUUAAAGGCCAUGAUUAUGUGCAAGGGAUGUGGCGCAUUUUGUCACGAUGAUUGCAUCGGGCCAUCCAAACUUUGUGUCUCGUGUUUGGUGGUACGAUAGUGUUCGUGAUGUUUAAUAGCAACAGUAACCAUUGAAAAAAGCAAUCAUAGGGACAGUUCACCAAAAAAGAAAAAUCUGUCAUGAAUUACUUACUCUCUAGUUCUAAACCUGUAUACAUUUCUUUGGUUGAACACAAAGAAAGAUAUUUGAAAUGUUAGCAACUGACAUUUUUGAGAGGUGUAGAAGGUGAAUGGUGCCUCAUAACUUUUUGUUUUCCUGGGAAUAUAUUUUGUUAAAAAGAACAUUAAAGAAAAACUAUGCCCCAGAAAUGUCCGUUGCUAACAUUCUUCCAAAUAUCUUUCUUUAUGUUCAACAGAGCAAAGCAAUGUAUACAGGUUUGGAUCAACUAGAGGGUUAGUAAAUCAUGACCGAAUUUUCAUUUCUGGGUGAACUAUCCCUUCAAGGGUAACAGAAAUGCAUGUUGCCAGCAGUGACUCUUGAUGUGGUAAGCUGGUUGUGUAUCCGUUGUUUUGAGAGGUAGGCUGUUGUGCUGUUAUUGUUUUUUUUCACAUAUACAGAACACAUUUAGCAUGGUAGAUGGGCUGUCUAGUAUGUGCAAUGCAAAUUAAUUCUCUCUCAGUGAGCACGUUGACUCAACUCAUUGAAUAGUGGCAAUAUUAAGGCUCGUUCUUUUUCUGUUAUAUUUUUGUAAUAUCAUUUUUAAAAUGAAAAUCAUUAUACUACUAUUUUUGUAGAUGUAAAAAUCGUUAUUACCCCUUUUUGGAGACUAUCUUUUACACGCAAUCCACACUAGCAUGCUGAAACUGGUCAUAUAAAUAUUUAAAGGAAUCAAACCCAAAAUGAAAAUGUUGUCAUUAUUUACUCACCCUCUAAUUGUUCCAAACCUGUAUACAUGUCUUUUUUCUGUUUUCUGUUAUUUUGAAGAACGUUUGUAACCAAACUACAAUAAAAGUAAAGAAAACUACAAUGGUAGUCAAUGGUGACCAGAAUUGUUUGGCCACCCACAUUCUUUCAAAUAUAUUUUUGUGUGUUCAACAGAAAAAAGAAAUGUAUACAGAUUUGGAACAACUUGAGGAUGAGCAAAUGAUGACAGAAACUCUUGGGUGAACUAUCCCUUUAAGCUUUGCUGGUUAGUUUUAACAUUUCAACCACACAACUGAAAUAGCAGUUGCAGAAUUACUGUGAAUACGUAAACCUAAUAUAUUAAUCUUUAUUGUUACGAGGCUUAUAUGGUACUGUUAAAAAAAGUUAUUGAUGGAACUGAAGGGAGGGGUUUCAAGUGUGCUAGCACUUCUCUUACGUUGGUGGGUUUUUGUAGGGGAAGAAUAUCAGAAUAGAUGUAUAUUUAUUGACUAUGGCAAUAAUUUGUACAUUUAAAAUAUUUAUAAUCUCAAAGAGCAUUAAAGUCCCUUAUCUGAUUUUAUUUAGACAAAACAAUCUUAAAUAAGAUUUAUUAGGCUUGCACUAUUUAUGUUUGGAAUACCACAAAGGACUUGAAUAAACUUUGUUAAUACCUUCAGAAAGGAUGAUUCUUAAAGAUGAAAAGUGUUCAAGCACUUGUUAAUCAAAUAAUCUAUUGUACCCUCUCAGGAGCAAAACCAGGUCUUAAUCAUUUCAAUAUUCUUUGUCUAAUCGUUCGAGCUGUUUACGUCACACAUGUGACAUUGCCUCUAAGUGGAAUAGUAGAUAUUCCAUAUAACCUUAGACUUUUGUGAUAAAAUAAGAAAAAUAAUGCUAAGUGACAAUAGCAAACGUAUAUGAGCAAUGAAGUUAAACCUUUCAACAGGGAAGGAUAUGAAUGUUUUUGUUUUGUUUUAUAUUGUAAAUAGUGACUUUCUUUGAGGUGUACUAAAAUCCAUUUUUACAAAGCGUUGCUGUCUUAACAUAUCCAGUUGUCUACCUUACAAAGGGUUUUUAUUUGUUAAAAAGUGUCAAAACAAAUCAUUUGAAUCAUGUUUAAACAUUAAAUGUUCUGUCCUGAAACAAUUGUGCUAAAAUUUUGAUACAGGUUAUAUAACAAGUUGUUGCAUCUUUGAAUCAGUCUUUCUUCUUUUGCCUUUAAGGCAAGAACUGUAAAGGAAUUUUAGAUUUGCUUGGUAAUAUACCAAAGUCAAUAUAUGGGGACUAGAUAAUCAGAUCUUGUUUUAAUGUCUGUUUAGUUAAACAAAGUAAUAUAUUUUAAGUAAUAUAUUUUUCAAAAGAAGUCUAUUUACGAAUCAUUUUACAAAACAUUUAAGAAACAGGGUAUUUACUAUAUCUUUAUAAUGGCUGUCUCGUCUUGUAAUACCAUCUUGUUAUACCUUUAUCCAAGGUGUACAUAAACUUUCUACAGUUUUUUUGUACCAGGACCCUUGUGAUAGUCUGACCCCGAGAGUCUGUUGAUAUUUUCGUAAUUUUGCCUGCAAUGCAUUGAUGUGCCCUCAUAGUGGAUUUUUAUUUGACUAGUAAAACAGUUCACUUAAAUCAUUACUGAACGACUACAUUCUUGCAAAAAAUGGUUCCAUCAGGUAACACCAUUUGUGUUGUAAAAAUAAAAUUUACACUUCGCUUCAUGUGCUGACUGGUAUUGGAUGUGAGGAUUUUUUUAAUGGCUUUCAUUUACUUAUUUUGUCAGUCAGUAUAAACUGUCACCUUCAUUUGCAUUUUAAUAUAUAUAAACAUAUGCAGCAUUUACAGUAAACACACAGGAAACACUUUAGAAAAUAACUGUGAUAUCUCUGUUAUACAAUAAAGCAGGUUUUAAAGAACUUAA